AUGCUGCCACUCAUCUUUGCAUUCGCUGCCGUUGCGUCCGGCGCAAGGGUUCAGCGUAGACAAGACGAUUGUUCCUCUACUACGACACUAGACGCUCUCACCGUCACCAGGGUAGAGCCGAUCUCGAUCUACAUCUUGCCCGGGCAACUCGCGCCCACGGGGACCAGCAAUGACCCCUUCACCGUGGUUUACACGACAGUGUAUCCCACCUUUUGCCCAGACUGUUCUCAGGGUUUGAGGCCACAGACUUACACCAUCACCCAAACUUGCACCGACUCCAUCGCCUCAUGCCAACCAUCCGGAGACGCGCUGCCUGCAGGCUUCACAACAACGCAGGCCACAUGUACCAACUGCCCAACCCCCUUCAGCGCAGUCCUGACCGUCCCGCAAGCGACUGACGCGGUGGUUACGUUGACAUAUCUCGAGACUGUCACCGAGCCUGACUUGACCACGACUCGCACAGUCAUCAGGACUUGUGCCAGCGAGCCCUGCUUGCCACAGAUUACCGGUUACACCGGACGUGUCUCGACAAUUGACGGGGGUCUCUUCGCCGAACCCGUCACUGCAACUGCGACUGCCACGGUCACCAAGACCGAGGAGAAGACCGCAACCGUCACCCAGGAGGCCAGUGGGGCAUUCCAACCUGGCAGCUUCAACAGCGGUGCCGGACGGCUUGUUUCCUCGGAUAGGUCAUUAGUCCUUGGCGUGAGCACAUUUGUUCUUUUGUUACUUGCUUUGUCAUAA